GCCAUCCUGAGAAUCCACAGUUAGUAGUCCUGCUCAGCUGGAGAAGAUCGAGGAGAGACAUGGAGUCAGCUUCUCCACUGCUGCUGCCGUUUGUGCCGGUUACCGGCGGGGAGGCUCGUAAUGCUCAAGAGCCCGUGGUGACUGAUCCACCGCCGCCUGCAAAGCAUCAGGCGGCUCCUCAAGAUCUGUCAGGCCCCAUACCCAUAGUCACGCAGUCGUUGUCGUCGUCUCCGUCGUGGUACCGGGCUUCUUCCGCUCAAGAGCCCGUGGUGUUCCCUCUGUCUGGUUCUGGUCCGCCGGUACUUGUCAGCUUGGUGCCUGUAAUGGGGCCAGGCGGGAUGAUGCGCUCCAGGUUUGAUGAAAAAACGGGGGUGAAUUUCAUCCAACUCAGCGACGAGUUCUACCAGAAGAGAACCCCGGCCCAGAAGUUCUACCUGGAGCCAUCCAAGCUGCACCCGGAGCUCCUACACGUCAGGUGCGCCGACGGCAACAAGUACUUGGUCGCUCAGGAGCACGACAACACCUUGUUCAUCACCGCCAACGCAGACGAACCAGACGAGGACAUCACCAAGCCAUCAUGCACCUUGUUCAACUUCUCCAACACCGAAUACAACGCCUUCUUCACCAUUAUCAAGCACGAAAAUAAAAAUAUUAUGGUUAGCCUGUUUGAUCAGCACGGUGGUGAUGGUAGUGACAACCUCUGCAUGCAACUAAGACGUGAUUAUUAUGGUAAUGCUCUUUUUCGUGUUGUCCGCUUGUCGGAGCAGAAGGAAUUGCCCAAAUAUGUCCGUAUCAAAGGAAGCAACGACAAGUACCUCCAGCCUACAAAUUCUGAUAUACGUUUUUAUAACGCUGAUAACAGCGAAUGUUGGUUUCAUGACUUCCGUGGGUCUGAUGGCAAUGAUAAGGAAGUUAUCUUUGAGACUUUCACGGAUGACUUCGGUCUCGUCCGUUUUAGACACUACCCGUGGGGCAAUGUUUGCAGAUCUGUUGAUCCAGGUGACGGCAAAGGUAUCGCCUGCACCGUGCAUGACUGGAACUAUGAAAUCGACACAAACAUAUCACAAGACACCAUCUACAAGGUUGUCGACUCAUUGUUCAAGGUGGUCAUCAAGGAAGGCAACAACAUUGCACUUCAAAGCGUCAGCAAUGGAAAAUUCUGCAAGCUGCUAACCACGGACAUGCACUUAACAUUUCCAGGACAUCACUAUAAGUGGCAUCCUCUCCAGGCUUCUGCUUCCAGUAGCUACCCGAGAGAGACAACCCUUCGGAUUGAAGAAGCAGCCAAGUCUCGACAGAUCUAUGAUGUUCAGUACCGCUUCGAGGGACAGAAGAUCAGGGACGCCAUACAGGUCUCCAGGCACCAGGUGGUUGGUACCAAUGUAACAUCGGAAACCAUCCACCUCACAAAUACUGUUGAAAUGUUUAACAGCGUAGAGAGUAGGUGGGAUUCAAUGGUAUCGCUGGAUGUAGGUGUCAAAACCAGCAUGUCAGUUGACUUUCCAGGCAUAGCAGGAUUUUCAUCUGAAAUUCAUGUUGACUUUCAUGGAGAGUACAGCUGGGGGAAAACCGAAGGGAACUCAAAAAAGUCGACGUCAGCAGUCGAAUAUAAUGUUCCUCCAAUGAGUAGAAUUGUUUGUACCAUAUAUGCACAAGUUGUUGAAAUUGAUGUUCCCUUCUCAUACAAGGUGAAGGAUAUCUUGUUCGAUGGGAAAGAAGGCCCCCCUCGCCAGAUGCACGAUGGCAUGUAUCGUGGUGUCAACUCCACUGAUAUCGACAUCAAGGUGAAAACAGAAGAGAUGUAAGACAUAAUAUUUUACUGAUGCAUGUGCGGAUCCGCUGGUCAUUAUAUUAUGUAAAUAAAGGCCGUGGUUAUGAUACCAUCCUAUGUUACGGUAUGUAUGUACCUCCUGUAAUGAGUGUACCAACUUAUAUUUUCCCUAAUGACAUACGUGGAUGUACUUGAUUUAAUAUAAUAUAUAUUUUUUCCAUCUUGA